AUGUCAGACGACAACACUGAUUAUCGGUUUAAGUACGAGCGGCUAGUCAGGGCCCUCACAACUAACCCUGAGCUUGCUCUGUCGGCCCUCAGACAAGGCAUGGCUUUCCCUGCCCAGCCUAGUCAAGACCAGGCAGCCCAAACUCCAGGGCUGCAUUUCGCUUUCCCUGACCAGACUGGUCAGCUUCCCCCUUCUCCGGCUGCCCAUUACCAGUCUCAAGUCCAGCCAACCUGUAAUACAGGGCGGACUUUCGCUUGCGGUGAUGGUCGGUUUCCCACUUCCCCGGAUCAACAGUAUCAGCCUCGAGUCCAGUCAACCUACUUUUCAGGGGCGGCUUUCCCUCAGGCUGAUUACUCGCAGCCUCCCACUCCCACUCCUUCUUUCCUUCCCGCUCCCCCUUACCCUCCCCAGGCUUGUCAGUACCGGCCUCAAGUCCAGCCCGAACAGGUUCUGGACUUGAACUUCCAACCCCAAGGCCCGUCUGUUAACUGCCAAGCUGGUUUUGUGCCCGCUGUUCCAGCCCAACCAGCUUAUCCCUCUGGCUUGGUUUACCAUGGUCAGCCUCACCAAGCCCAGCUUUCUUUGGGCCAAUGUGCUCCUCUGUCUUGCCAGCGCAUGCAAGCUCAGCCACAUGCGGGCUUAUGGGCCAUUGACGAAAACGAUCCCACACAGGAGCCCGCACUUCGUCGUAUGGCGCGCCAACUCCAGCGCUUUUACAAGAGUCCAAAGACGCUGGGGAAUAAAGACCUGGUUAGCGAGGAUGACAUCAAGCUGGCAAAGAGCGUCGAUCCCUGCACCAGCACGUCCGAUGGUUUUCGGUGGCCGGCUCACUGGAUGACGCCUGAAGGAAGGAAACGCUUCAUCGGGGAGCUGGAAGACUUCCGAAUCUUCGGAAGCGGUCUCACUGUGCCGCUGGUCGAUCCCGGACUCGGACAGGGUCCUGCGCCUGUAACGCCGGCUGACCAUCCCCGUAACGAUAGGAAGGUAGCCGCCAACGCCAUCAUUAUUCCUGAUAAUGAGGAGGAGGUCAACGAUAUGCUGGCCUACAAUGAGGAGAUGCCCGACUUGUCGGCUGAGGUCUUGGAUGAUGAGGACGAUAUGCCGGCCGAGGAUGAGGAGAUGGCCGACGAUAGCGUUGGUGGUGAUGACAACUUCAUCCCCAACCCGGCGGCUGGUAUCUUCGAUACGGCUGACCAGCUUCUGAUUGAUGCACUCACGAAAGAGUUGGGUCAGGGUUAA